UCAAAAUGGCUACGUUUUGACGUUGUUUAUCAUUGCUUUCAAGACAAUUUUGUCUUUUUUUUACACUCAUUCAGCCUGCAUUAAUUUGAUUAAAAUGCAUUUCUGAAAGCCUUAUGUUGAUUUGAUGUGUGCAUUUGCAUUACUCUGGGUAAAAGUAUUAUUUUGGUGGCUACCCAUGAAGGGGCAUUCUGGUUCUUGGAUAGAACAAAUGAAGACAAAGAACUUUUACAUAUUAGUAAUAUUUAUAGCAGUGACUAGUGUUUCACUAUGGAUGGUCAGCUAUCCUUCACCGAGAUUCAAGAAUAUUAUGACCACCACCCAAAAUAAUAUUCGAAAAAUCCCCAAACAUAUGCAGCUAACAACUGCCCAGCAACUGGAAGUAGACUCGUCAUAUUUAGAAGUAUUGGGUUUUGAAGAUAGUAGUAAUGUUAUUGUUAGUAAUGUAAAAUUAAUAGUUGGUAGUGCCAUGAUACCAGGCAAGGAGGAAGAAACAAAGGAGUUUUUAAAAGCAACUCGUAAACAUGUUCCUACAAGAAAAGUUGUAUUAUUUGAUAUGGGUCUUUCUAGUAGUAAUAUGAUAAUUACAAAGAAGUUAUGUAAUGAAACAACAAAUUGCUCAGUAAGACCAUUCCUAUUCAAAAAAUAUCCUUCUCAUGUACAAGAUCUUAGUAUAAGAAGUUAUAAACCAAUUUGUAUACAGGAACUGUUAAAUGAAUUUGGAGCUGUUAUAUGGGCAGACACUAGUGAAUAUUUUUUAACAAGUAAAAUGAAUCAUAGUCUCGUUCAAGCAUUAAACGUAGGAUUAGUGGCGUGGACAAUUAAAGAUCCCACGUCUUCAUUAACUCAUCCGAAAAUGUUUGAUUAUUUUAAGACAAAACAAGACAGAUACUAUUUUCAUAGAGCAGUUCGUUCAAGUCAUUUGAUAAUUUAUAACACAGAAAAAAUACACAAAGAACUAAUGUUACCGUGGGUGAAAUGUGCUUUGGUUGAAGAGUGUAUUAGUCCCACUGGAGCUCAAAAUUCGGGAUGUAAUUGGCGUAAACCUUAUUAUAGAUAUUCAGGAUGUCACUGGUUUGACAUGUCAGCGCUUAAUGUGAUUUUAGGUAUUAUGUUUGACUUUGAUGUCAGUGGAUAUUCUGGAACAGAAAACAUAUUUGGAACAAAAUAUGAUUUGGGAGUUUUUGGCGGUAAAAAUGUGACAGGAUCAACAAUCAGAUUAGAGCAUAGAAUUUACUAACAUAAUCAAUUGUUAUUUAUGUCUUUUACUUACUUUUAAAUAGAUGUUACACAUGUAUUUCUGUUUUUAAAAAUAUCAAAAUG